CGUGACGCUCCCGGAAAUGAAUUUCGAAGAACAAUAAAAAGUAGGCCUGUCUGCUACUCCAGCCAGAUGUGUGUUUAACACUACAAAUAAACUCACAAAGUACAGAGAUACUCUUGUGUACUUUUACAGUUGAAUGAUGUAUAGGCCUAACUUCAGACAACAAAGCCCGGGAGUGGGGUCAAGACGGGGAGGUUUUCGAAACUCAACUCCUACGGGGGACAAUGGCGCCGGAGCUCUACAGGAUGCAUUUCCAUCACCAGCAUGGGCAUUUCGUGGUGGCCCACCUCCGUCUUUUGGAUCACCAAGAUAUGGGCAGUUUGACUCCCCAAAUAAUACCCAAAGACAUUUUGGUGGCAACGCUGGAGGUUGUUAUGGCGGAAGUGAUGGUAAAAUGAAAUACGAUAACAGCGCAUCACCUGGACAUACGCCUCGUAGAUGGAAUCCGAAUCAACAAGGCGGUUCUCCAUACAGAAAUUCUAGUCCCAGGCGGUUUAUGGAAUAUGGGAAUUCACCACGGAAUUCCUCUCCUUUCGGGUCGACACAUGGCAGAGGUAAGGGGGCAGAUGGUGUGGAAAAGUAUUACAGCCCAACUAUGCUGCAAGACCCCUGGGCUAUUUUACAGCCAGUUGCAGUAACAGACUCUAAAUGCCAACAAUCCACAAACACAGGCAAGCCUGGGAGAUAUUACUAAAGGAAUAUAUAGUAUAGUAUUUGUUUAUACGUGUUUUAGGUUAGGAGGUGCAUUUCUAGCAGUCUUAACGGCAUCCUUUAUGGCAUGGGUUCCUGGUCCUCGGGCCUCCCUGCCAGGAAAUAUCUAAAACAUGCAGGGCAGGGAGGCCCGAGGACCAGGAUUGGGAACCCCUGCUUUAUGGGAUUUAUGGUGUGAAAGGGAAAUCCUCUGUUUAUAUUACAAAGCAAGAGUGCAUUAGAAAUUAACGGAUUUCGGCUUUAUUCAAACCCUGUGAAGAACCAUUUUAUCACUUACAACAAAUGCAAAAAUGUGUGGUUGCACUUCAGUAUACAUUAAUGUAGAUUUUACGUCCUGCAUUGUAUUCUACCGUCAUUGAUAUUGAAAUGUACCCUAUCCAGGUCAAUCUCACUGUCCACCGUGUGUUGUAAAUCUAAAUGUGAAAUUUACUGACACCAGAUUAUCCAGAUUCUUUUUUUUUUUUUUUACACUAGUCAUUUUUUAUAUCAAUGAGAAAGCUAGAAAUUAAAAGCAGCUUUAUAAAAUGAGAAAUCUCUACCUUUGAGCACCUGGCCAGGUAAGCCAUGGGCAGGAACAUUUUAAAAUGGGUGAGGAGUCCCUUUCACCUUGAAUACAGACCUCAAUUGCUCUCAGUAAAUUGCAAGGAUACUGAUUAAU